UGACGAUCCCAAAUUCAACUCUACCCUCUUAUCUCUAUGUGCAAAACAGGGAAGGCGUCACGUGACUCGUGUCAUGUGGUGUUGGCACUGUCAUGGCGGCUGCCAGCUGAUGAGAGUGAUGCACAAUAGCCCAGGGUAAGGUAAGCCUCGUUUCUUUGAGCAGCAAGCUGCAGAGUUAGGCGCAACCGAGGUUGUCGCUGGAUAGCAGAAAUUAUUGCGAGGUGAUGCUGAGAUCUUGAAACGAUUUUCAGUCUUUUUCUCCUGGCUGGAUCUGCUGCUUCCUCUUGGUUUGGAAGUAUCCAAAUUUUAACCUUAUCCCAGGCAUAGGCAAACUCCGGCCCUCCAGAUGUUUGGGACUACAAUUCCCAUCAUCCCUGACCACUGGUCCUGUUAGCUAGGGAUGAUGGGAAUUGUGGUGUCAAAUAUCUGGAGGGCUGGAGUUUGCCUGUGCCUGCUAAUCGAUCUAUGAGAAGACGGGCUUCCUAUAAUCCAGACAUGAAUGAAAAAGCCUUCAAUACUUUAAACAAAUGUUCAGUUGUCGUUGUUAUACAUUUGUUUAUACCCCGCCUUUCCCCCUAACAGACUCAAGGCAGCUUACAGAUAAAAAUAAGAACAGUUAAAAACAGAGUGGGGGGAAUAAAUAAAAACAAUUAAACACUGGUAGAAUAAAAAUUAUAUAUAAAAGCAUACAGAUAAUGACAAAAAAAGCCUAAUAUGGCACCAGCUCUUUCAUUCAAAAUGUCAUUUCCCAAAAGCUUGUUAAAACACUGAACUAGAAAAUCUGAAAAUACAUUCCUUGUGUUUUACUGUUUCUGGUAGUUUAAGACUGUGACUUUUUGCUGUGCUACAUGGCUGAAAAUAUAGCUAGAACACUCAGGCAAAUUAUUAGGCUGCUGGGAUAAAUUCAGGAUUUACACACUUGCUUGCACAUUUUGAGGUGCAAGGCUAUUUCUAAUAUUACAACGCAUAAGAUAGAAUUGUGGGAGUUAAUUUAUGCCUCCUUUAGUUUUGUUAUUUCAGUAUCAAUAAUAUUUCAGUGUCAAGAAUUACACAUAAGUGAAGAAUAAGGAGAAAGCAAAACAGUUUGAUUUGGAAAAAGGAAAUUUAUCAGAAGAGUAUUGUGGAAUUUUUUAAUAUUCAUUUUUAAAAUUAUAUUAUAAAUACUUUCUUAUUUAGUAGUUAUUCUGUAUUAAAUUGGUUAUCAUACAUGAUACAUUACUUGUGUUUAAAUAUGAGAUACUGUAUUAGAUUUUUUAAAAAGUUGAUUAAUAUAAAAAGCUGUAAAGAAAAACCAUACACCCAUUUUAAUUGUAAAAUUUUAGUGUGUGUAUAUAGUUAUGUGUGUGAGAGAGAUCUUUGAGGGGACUUGGUUAGUAAAAGUACAAUGUUUUCAACAUAACUGAGGCAUUUAGUUCUGUAUGAACCAGCCCAGACCCUGUGAUCAUAAUCUGAGGUCCUUCUUCGUGUACCACCUCCACAAGAGGUCCUGAGUCUAGUAACAUGAGAACAGGCUUCCCAUUUGUGGAAUGCUCUCCCCAGCGAGGUUCGCUUGGCACCUUCAUUACAUAUCUUUAGGCGCCAGGUAAAAAUGUUUCUCUUUAACCAGGCCGUUGGCUGAUGUUACUUCUACAUAAUUUUAAAUGUGUUUGUGGGAUGAGAAUUAUUUGUUUCUUUUUGUUUUUAUUAUGUAUUUUGGGUUAUCAUUUUGUAUUUUUAAGUUGUGAACUGCCCUAUGAAUUUUGGAUGAAGGGUGUUAUAAAAAAUUAAUAAGAUACUAUGUUGUGUUCGUUUUAUAGUUGUUUUGCAUUCCACCUAUAGUUACUGUAUUUUAAUAUUUGGUUGGAAGCUGCCCAGAGUGGCUGGGGAAGCCCAGCCAGAUGGGCAGGGUAUAAAUAAUAAAUUAUUAUUAUUAUUAUUAUUAUUAUUAUUAUUAUUAUUAUUUUCCCUACAAUUGCUGUAUACCAAUUAAAAAAACAUUCUAAGUCUCUUUAUUUUCAGAGGGAGAGUUAGUUACAUGCUUAAGGCUGCAGUUCUCUAUAAACAUACUAGAAAUAAUGCCUGUUGAAUUCCAUUGAUCUUCCAUAUUCCUACAGGUAUAUGAUUGCCUCAUAGAGAUCUCCCACUGAAAUUAAUGGAUGGUACCCAUGAUGAGUGGGACGCAGGUGGCGCUGUGGGUUAAACCACAGAGCCUAGGGCUUGCCGAUCAGAAGGUUGGCGGUUCGAAUCCCCGCGACGGGGUGAGCUCCUGUUGCUCGGUCCCUGCUCCUGCCAACCUAGCAGUUCGAAAGCACGUCAAAGUGCAAGUAGAUAAAUAGGUACCGCUCCCGUGGAAAGGUAAAGGCGUUUCUGUGCGCUCCUCUGGUUCGCCAGAAGCGGUUUAGUCAUGCUGGCCACAUGACCCGGAAGCUGUACGCUGGCCCCCUCGGCCAAUAAAGCGAGAUGAGCACCGCAACCCCAGAGUCAGUCACGACUGGACCUAAUGGUCAGGGGUCCCUUUACAUUUACCCAUGAUGAGUAACUGGUUUUCAUCAGGGGCCCACAAAAUUGUCUUAUUACCAAGUGCUUUUGUGAAAACAAGUGAUUCUUAAAUUACCAGUAUUUUUGGUCCAAACACUUAUUGGUCCUAAUGGUAAUCCCUGAAAAGACUAGACUUCUUUCCUAUAUCCACAUCAUAUUGGCCAUUGCAUGCUUUCUCUUUCCAUGUCUGUAAAGCUGUUUGCUGGAUCUCUAUCUAUGGUAGGAAACCAUCACAAUGGUUAGCAGAGCUAUUAAUCUGCUAGUAGCAUGUUUCAUGUUUAAUGCCUGUUUGUAGUAUUGCUAUGUAAAGUUAGGAGAGAUUGACUGUGUUGGAAUCUCGCCCCCCCCCCCCCCCAAAAGGAAGUGUAUCUCAGCUGCCCCUCCCCCAGAAUUGCUAAAUUAAAGUAACAAUUAUAACUCUAAUGUCUUGCAGAAAAUCUGAAAGAUGACUGUUACAACAUGGAGAAAAAAUCGUUUGAUACGAAAGCUGAUCUUACGCAAAAGCUGAUCCCUCCCAUCUUGUAUCUGAUUUUGGCUGUGCUGCUUGUGAACUUGCUACUCUACCAAUAUUUCAGCUACGUAUAUCCUUCCUAUGGACAGGCCGGUGUUGAACACAACUCUUGCCAGCAUGGUUACUUCAGAUUAGGAACAGUGAAGAACUGUUCGCCAUGGUUGUCUUGUGAAGCGCUGAAAAGAGAAGUCCGCAAACUGAAACGCAUUGGUGAAGGAGCUGUGAAAAGGGUUGGUUUGUCAUAAUGAAUCUUGAAUAUAAUAAAAAAUGUUGCUCUGUAAAUUUGCCAUUCACCUUUUUUUGUACCAGAGGGGGAGUGCCUUGACAUAUGCUUCAGAAAAUGACAUUGUCAGCUGGGAGAAAGGCUGAUAGGAUUGUCAGGCUCCAGCCAUGGGGGCAAGCGGACUGGUUCUGGCCGGCUGCGAGCUCCUGAAGAGGAGGCAGCUGCUCAGAGCUCACAUGCCAGCCAGGAAGUAGCUUAGAGGCACACUACAUCUCAGCUGGGGACGCGGGUGGCGCUGUGGGUUAAACCACAGAGCCUAGGACUUGCCGAUCAGAAGGUCGGCGGUUCAAAUCCUCGCGACGGGGUGAGCUCCUGUUGCUCGGUCCCUGCUCCUGCCAACCUAGCAGUUUGAAAGCACAUCGAAGUGCAAGUAGAUAAAUAGGUACCGCACCAGCGGGAAGGUAAACGGCGUUUCCGUGCGCUGCUCUGGUUUGCCCGAAGCGGCUUAGUCAUGCUGGCCACAUGACCCGGAAGCUGUAUGCCGGCUCCCUCGGCCAAUAAAGCGAGAUGAGCGCCGCAACCCCAGAGUCGGCCACGACUGGACCUAAUGGUCAGGGGUCCCUUUACCUUACAUCUCAGCUGAGAAGUAAGGAAAGAGCAAGGUGUUGACGUUGCUGCAUAUAAACUGCAGCUGAUGCCAUGAGAAAUGCCAGGAGGCGGAGAAGGAAAGGUGGACAGAGAAGAAGAGCAGAAAAACAGGGAAAGGAGGGUCCAAAGGGAGAAAGGACUGGAUAGGUGGGGAAGGCAUAAAAAGGAGACAAUUCCUCUGUGAACUGGAAGUAGCAAGGGAAAAGAGCAGGGGUGUUUAGGCUUGCCUGAAUGGAACCCGAAUCCUAUAGCAAAAGAGAGUAACAAGGGAGGGAGGACUUAAAGGAUUUAAGAGGUCUCCUCUUCUCCAUGGACACACCUAGUGGGGGUAUAGUUGACAAGCCUCUAAACUGAGGGUGCCGUAUGUUCGUUCUAUCCGUGAUCUGGGCCACCUCAGAUGUCAAGCAAAAUCAUCCGAACGAGGCCAGAGGAGACGCUUGCUUGCAGUGGAUUCUGAAGAAAGACAAGCUUUGGGCAAUGGACACUUGACAUAACUGGUCAAAUAUCGCGCUUGCCUGAAUUUGACACCUGACCAAAUUAACUCAGAGCUGUAACGAGGGUCGUAAAAUGGAAACUUACCAUGAACAACUGAGGGAAGGAAGGUGAUGGAUGUGAAUGGCUUUGAUGUAUGUUUCAGUGAAUCUUAAAUUUGUCCUUGUUUAUAUGUGGAUGCUGACAAUCCCAGCUGAAUCUACGUCAAGAAAUACAUAUCUACAGUGGUACCUUGGUUUACAACCAUAAUCUGUUCCGGAGGUCCGUUUGUAAACCAAAACAGCUUGUAACCCAAGGCGCGCUUUCGCCAAUGGCGCCUCCAAAAUUUUUUGUUCGUAAUCCAAAAUAAUGGGUUGUAAUCCAAAAAAAGGUUGCAAACUGAGACACAUACUUCUGGGCUUGUAAGACGUAUGCAAACCAAGGUACCACUGUGUUUCCUCAUGUUGCAGGAGCACAACACCAAGUGAAUGCUCACAGUUACGUCUGAGUGACUGUACAUAUUCACCUCUCUGUUUCCAGACACUCUGGGAUUUGUAAACCUUACCAAUUUUCAGAUAUUUGCUGUGACAUAACUUGCUUUGUUGUGACAUAGACCUUGUAUCUAUUCAUGUGUUUUGUUUGUGUGUGUGUGUGUGUGUGUGUGUGUGUGUGUUUAACACAUAGGUUUGAUUUUGUGUUUGUCAAGACUAAACUGUUGUCCCCCAUAUUGAAAAACAGCUUGGCUUUUACAAACUGCAUUUCAGAGUUUGGAUCUCAAAGUUUGAACAUUGUUCUCCUUGUUCUAGGUCUUCCUUUCUGAGUGGAAGGAAAACAAAGUCGCCCUUUCCCAGCUAACUGUGCCGGAACUUCAAGAGGACUUCAUUCAUGGCUUACAGAUGCUGAAAUCUCUACAAAGCAGACAUGUGGUCAAGCUGAUUGGAUAUUGUGAGGAGGAGUUCACCGUUCUUACGGAGUACCACCCAUUCGGCUCUCUGAAGAAUCUGAACGAGGUAUUGAACCUUCCAAAGUACAAGAGCUUCAACACAUGGCACAUCAGGUUCCUGCUUGCCAUCGAUUAUGUGAGCAUCCUCCAUUACUUGCACAACAGUCCCCUCGGCACCCUUGUGAUGUGUGACUCCAGCGACUUGGAUAAAGUUCUUUCUCAGUACUUGCUGACGAGCAGCUUCCAUGUUAUUGUGAAUGACUUGGAUGCUUUGCCUCUUGUGGACAAGAAUGCUGGCAAACUGAUCAAAUGUGGCCAUCGGGAACUUCAGGGUGACUUUGUUGCUCCAGAACAGCUUUGGCCUCGUGGAAAUGAAAUGGCUUUUGAAGACAGCCUCAUGCCUCCUUAUGAUGAAACGACAGAUAUAUGGAAAAUCCCCGAUGUUUCCAAUUUUAUCUUGGGGGAUGUCGAUGGGAGUGAUCUGGUCAGGUUCCACCUCUUUGACAUCCACGGGGCCUGCAAAAGGAUCCCAGCUGAAAGACCUUCUGCUCAGACAGUUUUGGACACAUACAAGAAAGUGCUAGCGUCGCUUGUGAGAGAAACAGAUAUGCCAAGGACAAGGGACAUGUUAUAAAACACACACACACAAACCUCAUGGACAUGCCUUAGUACAUACAGUGGUGCCUCGCAAGACGAAAUUAAUCCGUUCCGCGAGUAUCUUCGUCUAGCGGUUUUUUCGUCUUGCGAAGCAACCCUAUUAGCGGAUUAGCGCUAUUAGCGGUUUAGCGGCUAUUAAAGGCUUAGCGGCUUAGCGGAUUAGCUGCUAAAAGGCUAUUAAAGGCUUAGCGGCUUAGAAAAAGGGGGGGGGGGGAGCGAAAAAAAAAUCUCAAGACUCGCAAGACAUUUUCGUCUUGCGAAGCAAGCCCAUAGGGAAAUUCGUCCUGCGAAGCGCAUUGAAAACGGAAAACCCUUUCGUCUAGCGGGUUUUCCGUCUUGUGAGGCAUUCGUCUUGCGGGGCACCACUGUAUUUAGUACAUUUGACUCUUCCCGAUCUGAGAAGUACAUGGAAACAUAAGGAUAAUUAGAAAAACUCUAAAAUGGCUUCUUAAAAAUGACUCCCGAUUGCACCUUCUGUGACAAAUUGUUGAGAAAAUUGGGGGGGGGGGGAAUAGUAUGUGUUAUGUGUGGUAAAUUUCUGAAUGAGUAUUUCUUCCUAAAUCAGGUUGGCAUAGGCAGGAUAGAUGUAGCUACAGUGGUACCUCGGGUUACAUACGCUUCAGCUUACAGACUCUGUUAACCCAGAAAUAGUACCUCAGGUUAAGAACUUUGCUUCAGGAUGAGAACAGAAAUCGUGCUCCGGCAGCGGCAGGAGGCCCCAUUAGCUGAAGUGGUGCUUUAGGUUAAGAACAGUUUCAGCUUAAGAACGUACCUCCGGAAUGAAUUAAGUACUUAACCCGAGGUACCACUGUAUAUGAUAGGAGAUGUAAUAGAAGUGUUAGUAUUUCACACCUCUGAUGCUCCAGAUGAGAUUUGUGUAAAUCACAUGCCUGUCUGGGAAGAGUGUGGGAACGGAAGACAGUCUUAUCUCUUCCGCUGUAUGUCCUGUUGUACUGUACUUUUGCUUUUCCUUGUUCCUGUUCUUCUCUCGGAGCUGGAGAGAGAGGUUGCCAUGACUCCUUUGUCUGUACAUAGUGUGUAAAUAAAUACAUAGAUUAGCUCUAUGAUCUCUCACGCUUCUUGCUGUGUUACGCUAGAAGAUUAGUGUGCAUAUAUCAUUUGAUAUGUGUCGCUGAAGCGCGCUGGAGAAGAAGGGAAAUGCCGUUUCCAGAGCUGCGCAUAUCGGAGGA